UGGCAGGCCAGCAGGGUCGAUGUCGUCGACGCGCUCGACGCGUCUUGGAGAUAGAUCACUGGUGGAGCCGUCCUCUGUCGAUGGUACAGGCAGGUCUCAGACAGUAAUCUUCGAUUCUCUACGCAGCUCCAGGUGAUUAGUGUUUCUCUUGACGAUUGAAGGAGCUUGGAUGAAGCUCCAGUCUACGACCACCCGCAAGUUCACAGUUCUUGAGGCUUGAGGUAGCACCUGUCUCCACAUUUCCAAGGGUCCUUCCCAACUCCCGAUCACGCAUCCGGAACUUGUCUGUCGCCCCUGACGACACUAAUGAUUGCCCGUCCUACAUCCAAAAGACAGUCUGAAUCACCUUGCAAUCUGCAUCGCCCGCCACACGAGACAUUCCACAAAGAAAAACACCCGCCCCCAUGCGCUCCACGCUGCUCACCACAGCCCUCGUCGGCCUAGCCGCAGCACAUGGCGACCACGCGGCGCGCGGCGCCCCCAAAGUCGACGAGAACGCAAAUUGGAUGACGAAACACAUGGCCGAGGAGCACCACAUGGAGGGCUGGGACGCGGGCGCCUUCUUCGCGCUGCACGACUACAACUCGGACGGCAAAUGGCAAGGCGACGAGCUGCUCCGGACGUACGGCCUGAUGGACGAGUCGAACAAGGACGUGCCCAAUGCGCGGCGCAAGGAGAUUAUGGAGGCCCUCAUGUCCCUCAUGGACACGAACAAUGACAGAGAGAUAUCGGGCGCCGAGUGGCUGGCCUUUGUGGCGAGCGGCCAGACGCUGCCGGACAUGGGCACGGGGCCCGGCCACCACGGCGACGACGAGUACGAGUACGAGAUCCACCACUGGGAAAAGUACCAUGGCGAGGACACCAAGCUCGAGGACCUGACGCAUCCCGAGGACAUUGAGCAUUUCAAGAAGCACGAGCAGAUGGAGGAGGCCGAGGAGAGGCUCGAGGCCAUGGAGCGGCUCCCCGUUGUGGAGGCCAACAUACCGCUCAAGUUCAGGAAACAGCAGCGGUAGGCGCACGCACGCGCGUGCGCGCGCGCAUCAUGUGAGACGAGGGACUAUG